GCCUGGCAGUGUGGAGGCAAAGUGGAGGUGCUGCCCUGUUCAAGAAUUGCUCAUUUGGAGAGAGCUCACAAGCCUUACUUGCCGGACCUGAGCGUCGCCGUGAUGCGCAACGCCCUGCGAGUGGCUGAGGUCUGGAUGGAUGACUACAAGUACAUGGUCUACUUCGCAUGGAACCUCCCAAUCGAGAAUUCCGGAAUAGAUUAUGGAGAUGUUUCUUCCAGAAAAGAACUAAGGAAAAAACUGAAUUGUAAAGGCUUUGACUGGUAUAUAAAAAACAUCUACCCUAAUUUAAUAUAUCUUCCCAACAUUGUUGGCUAUGGAACAAUGAAAAACACCUUGAAAGAAGACAUCUGUAUUGAUCAAGGCCCUGUCCCUGGAAACACGCCAAUUAUGUAUGGCUGUCAUGCAUACUCACCACAGCACAUCUUUUAUCACAGCACUGGAGAAAUGUAUGUGGGAGGUCUGCGUGCCCGACGGAACACCAUUGACAGAUGCCUAACAGACCCUGGGAAUGGGGACCUGCCAGUUCUAGAGCAAUGUGACAUAGCGCUGAACAAAGGCCUGAACAUGUACUGGGAUUUUAAACAGGGAUCAGCCGUAAUUAACAGGAACACUAAAAGAUGUCUCGAAAUCACCACAAACAAUCCAGCUUCGUACAGACUUGUAGUGCAGACCUGCACAGGGCAAAGGUGGAAGAUCCAACACACAGUUAAGGACUGGGGAAAGACAGAAGACCUGCAACAGAAGACAGAGCCCUCGAAGCAUUGA